AUGGCUUCUUCAAACGCGGAUUUGAAGACAAGGAUCGCUACAUUACGACAUGAAAUCUUGUCGUACACACCAGGCAAGGCUGUACCUUGUGAUGAUGAACGAGUGGUGUUUCCUGAUAAGCUUGUCGUUGGCCGCGUCCCUCUAUGUGCUCUACUUCCUUACGAAGACAUCCCCACGGUGAUAGAUGAAUUGAAGAAGCUCAAGAUCACUUAUAUCUACGAAAUACCUGCACCUGGUCCCAUUCACUCAGAUGAGGAUAAGUUGCAGUGGCUUGACCUUCUACGUGGAUGCCUUCAUGAAGGUGACAGAACGUUAGCAGCUAAUGAUCUAAAAAAGAUAUGCAAGAAUCCAAGAUGUGGGCUAUUUUAUGAGAAAACCAAGAAAGAAGCGAAAGAAGCUAAUCAGAAGAUGUUCACAGAGGUCGAAGAGCGAAAACAGGAAUUAAAGAAAGGGAGAGAGGAAGACAGAGCAAGAUCGGAGAAAGAGAAGCGCUUAUUGGCAGCAGAAAUGACGAAGAAACUCGAGUCUAAACAACAGCAAGUUGACACUUUGACAGAAAUCGUAGGAGAGAAAGAGCGAAAUGAGACGACUCUAACACAACAAGUUGAGGAGCUAAAGAGAGGAAGAGAGGAAGACAGAGUAAAAGCUGAAAAAGACAGAGGAAGAUCUGAGGAAGCAAAGCGCUCAUUGGCAGAAGAAAUGAGGAAGAAACUCGAUUCUAAGCAACAGCAUGUAAACACUUUGACAGAAACCGUAGGGAACAAAGAGCGAAAUGAGACGACGCUGACACAACAAGUUAAAGAGUUAGAGAAAGGAAGAAAGCAAGACAGAGCAAUAUCUGAGAAAGAGAAGCGCUCAAUGGCAGCAGAUAUGACGAAGAAACUCUUCUCUCAGCAACAACGCGUAGACACUUUGAUUGAAACCGUAAGGGAGAAAGAACGAAAUGAGACGACUCUAAGACAGCAAGUUGAAGAGCUAAAGAAGGAGCAUGACUAUAAGGAACAGCUUUUGGAGCAACUUGAGCGUGAGACCUGGAAGCUGAGAACCAAAAUUCAACUAGAAAGUGAGAUACGAUCAGCAGAGCAGAAGAAGAAAGCGGAGACACAUCGAUGGAGUUUCAUUCCUUGGGUGACCUCUGGGAAACAAGCUCAGGGUGUUUGUCUUUUUUUGUUUACCGUGUACCAUUCUAGAGAGGAGCCCCCAGAUGAUGAGUUUGCAGGCAUAUUACAGCAGAUAGCUGACGAUCUUUACGAUGAAGCCAAGAUCGACAGCCUUGCUGGUCAGCUGGGAAUCCUACAGGGUGAUAUACAGAGAGCGCUCAUGACCAAUGUGAAGUUCAACCGAGUUACCAGUGAUGGAACUCGUCACAUGCUGAAACAAUGGAGAAGAGGUGUGUCCAGGGAAAAUGAACGGGUUGAGCUAACGAAGGCGCUGAAAGCCGCCAAGUUAGUCAACCUUGCAGACCUGUAUCUCAGCACAGGUGUAGCAGAGGAACAGAUCGAUGAUGAAUAUGCCAACGAAGACGUCAAUGAUCAUCAGCUCUCUUAUAGAGAUGAGACCUCUCUAGAACAGGACCGAACCAAAGGACACAUUGGCAUCCAGGUACUUCAGGAAGCUACAGCUAGCAGUAACCACAGUCCUCAAGAUGGGCAUACAGGAGACAUGGCUUCCAAAACCCAGGAGGACUUGACAGAUGGAAGUAGGAGUCAACAUCUUGACCAAUCACCGGAGCGCAGUACAGAGGAGUUGGAUGAAUCUGAAGUGACUUCUGAAGAAGUGUCCUCAGAAGAAGUUCAUCCUGGAGAUGAUAUGAACAACAAUCUAACUAAGGCUAAGGGAGCAAACCCUAACAGAAAACCAUGCUACCGUGACAGCAUUGAGGGCGAUUGA